AUGGCACAACAAUAUCCAUACCAUCAGUCCCAAGGACAGCCACCCGCUCAAUACCCUCCAUCACAGCUCUAUCCACCUCAUCAAUGUCAAGGAGGAAGUCUACCAUCGAGUCCAUAUCAACAACCAGCGCAGCCUUAUCCAGGUCCAGGCUAUGCACAGCCUCCUUCUCGCACUCCCAGUCCCUAUCAGCAAUCUCCACGAUCACAUAGUCCCUACCAACAGCCUCCUCCACCGCAAGCUCUAGGAUACCAACCAUAUCCCCCUCCUCAGUACCCGCCACAGCAAUAUCCUCCCCAAGGGUAUCCACCUCCUCAACCAGGUUCUCAAUAUGGCUUUCCCUCACCACAGCCUCCUCCCCAACUACAAGGACCCUACACUCUCAUCUUUCAAUCCUCCGGCAAACACAUCAAAACUCUCACCCCCCAGGGCUCCUCCCAACCCAGCUAUACGGCAAUCUACAGCCGACCCCUCUUCUACUCCUCCGCGCCCGACAUAGCCGUCACAUCCAACGACACCCAACUCGCCACCAUAAAUUGGCACACUUGGUCCGGCAAGAUCGACAUGUCCUUCACAACGGGGAACACCAUCACUUACAAGGACAACUUCGAAUCCUCGACAUUAGGGCGUUUGUUCUGGGUGAUAUCCCGAGGCGACCGCAAGCAAGCAAAUAUCCGCUGCUCCGACCGUGCCGAGCAGACGAUCUGCACCGUCGUGCUGACCGAUAAACUUGAAUCCGGCCGCGUGGAGAUCUGGCGAAGCAACCUGAGUAAGCAGCAAUUCGAUGAGGUGAUUGUCAGUGCAAUUGCGGAGAUUGAGGAUUUUAGGCGCAAAGUCCAGGAUCAAGGCCCAAAUCCUGGUGUCGUUGCUGGGCUUUCGGUUGCUGCUGGCUGUUGA